ACUAAACAAGCUGCACGCGCCGAACACAGAGGGCGGGACGGCAUAUUUUCUGCGAGGCAAAAAGACUGGAGUGGAGAGCGAUGUUUCUUCAGGCUCCGCAACCCGGCCAAGUGCCAGGAAAAGCCCCGAAAACAUGUCAACUUACACAAAAAGCACCAUAUGAAUUAAAGCGGGAGCGAAAAUUUUUAACCAGAUGGAAAGAUGAAUUCGACUGGGUUAUUUAUGAAGACGGAGAAAUGUUCUGUGGCGUCUGUCGGCGGCAACCCAACCUGGCUGACAACUCAUCUUCAUUGGUCAAAGGGACAAGUGCCUUUAGACAUGACACACUGCUGUCCCACGGGCUCAGCAAACGUCACCAGCACUGUGCUGUUGCAGAAAAGGCAAAAUGUCCUAAUGCAGAAGUGCCAACUAUAGUCCAAAGUGUACAAAAAAUGGACCCAGCCUUUUUUAAUAAAAUGAAAAACGUUAUGCACACAGCCUAUUACGUUGCAAAGCAGGAGCAACCCUUCACUCAAUUUCCUGAACUUUUUGGGCUCAUCAACAGGACUGGUGGGACACUCCCAGACAGCUACAAUUCAGACAAAGCAUGUGCUCGCUUCAUUUGUAACAUAUAUGAUGUGGAGAGGGAAAAGCUCAUGGAGAAGUUGAGAAAAGCCAAACAUUUCUCCAUCAUGAUUGAUGGGGCAACUGAUGGUGGCACCAUUGAAAAUGAAGCUGUCUAUAUCCGCUUCAUGGCAGACGAGGGUCCAGUAAAUGCUUUCCUCUCCAUUCAAGCUGUUAAGCAUGGAAAUGCUUCUGGGAUCCUUGAUGCCAUCUAUGCAGCAUUUGGAGAAGCUGGCAUUGAUGACUGGAAAGAACGGCUAGUGGGAUUUGGCAGCGAUGGAGCAGCAGUCAAUGUCGGAUGCAGAAAUGGGGUGGCAGCGCAGCUUCUAAGGGACAUUCCAUACCUCAUCUCCAUACACUGUGUUGCUCAUCGCCUGGAGCUGGGUGUGACUAAAGCAAUUAAAGAAAAUGCCAACAUGGUACAGCUUCAGAAUACACUAAAGAACCUAUAUCAGGGCUCGACAUUAAGGCUUGUCCGCUUGUCCGGGACAAGUGGAUUUUUUCUAGGACAAGUGUAUGAGAAAAUUAGUUGUCCGACUGGACAAGUUAAAUUUCAAACAAUGUUACUUAACGUUAUGUGGCGUUAACGACAGAGCAGAACGCGCAGCGCAAACACCGAGCGGAAUAUUGAACAGAGAGCGCGCCGACACACACACUCGUUUACAUGUUACUGUUAUUGUUACUAAACAUGCUGCACGCGCAUUAACCUGAAGGACGAACACGGAGGGGCGGGAGUCGCGGGAUGGCGUGGAGUGGAGAGUGAUGUUUCUUCGGGCUCCGGCAUGAAUAAUAACUGACAGGCACUUCAACCGCGUUUUCAUCACUGUGUGUCAAAGCGAUUUAAGUCCGUAUUUUUCUCUUCUAAAGUUCGGUAAAAACACAAUGGGCUUUAAAUCUUGUUUAAGAAUCUGUUUUAUAAUGAGAAUCUCUCUCGCCUAUAUGUGUGGGUGCACUGCGCCUGCGCGACAGCUGAUUUGAAUCUGACAAGAGUUCGUCACUGUACAUUAAAAUCCCACACAAACAUUACAGCGUAAAUGCUAGGAUUAAGAUUGAUUUUAUAUAUAACAGAUAAUCUAGAUACAUUUACCCUAAUAAGUUUUUUAAAACAUGGUAAUGUUUUAAUUUUUUUUGGUUUAGUGUUUAAUGUCAGACAAUCAUUGAAAUGUGGGCAGCAGAUAUAGCAUCCUUCUUCAGAAAGAGUAACAAGAAGCAGCCAAAUGAAUCUUAGUGAAAUACAUUUCAGUGGCCUACAAAAUUCACAUGAUUUUCUUGUCUCUAUAGUAUUUUCAGCAAUGGGAGAUAUAAAUCCUGGUUUCAAAGUAAAUUUCAAAAGUUUUAUUUGAUUAAAUAGUUUAAAAAAAACAUGAGGUUGAAUUAUGACUAUAAAUUGUAUGUUAAUCUCAAUUCAUUUUAAUUAAAAUUCAAGUAUUGUAGCAAUUAUAUGUUAUACAUUAUUCUGAUUAACACACCUAUAAUACUUCAAAGUAUUUUAAGGUUGGAUGAUAGAGAUUUUAUAUGCCACCCCAGAGUAACUGCUGGCCCCUGCCUGGCCACCCCUAUGGAAAAUCCCUUGCUCCGCCACUGAAUAGCAAAACACAAAAAUACAUAAUAUUAUAAAUCUUUACCCGGACAAGUGACUUUUGUGCAUGGACAAGUGAAACACAAAUUUACUUGUCCGAAGGACAAGUUGCUCAAAAAGUUAAUGUCAAGCCCUGUAGAUAGGUACAUUUCCUGAAGAAAAUGUGAAGUGGUGCUUGCCGUGGCAAAAUUCUGGGGGCAAUGUAUGAUUAUACUCCGAGUCACGAGUCAAACGUCUCUACGAUGUUCUGAUGUGGAUAUAUAAGGCUUUGUUUAUUGAAGGUAGUAUGAUUAGCAUGAUGUUAGCAUAAUUAACGUGAAGGUAGUAUGAUGUUAACAUGAUUAGCAUGAAGCUAGCAUAAAGCGAACAUCAUUAGCAUGAAGCUAACAUGAUGUUAAUAUGAUUAGCAUGAAGUUAGCAUGAUGUUAGCAUGAUUAUCAGGAAGUUGGCAUGAUGAUAGCAUGAUUAGCAUGAAGUUAGCAUGAAGUUAGCAUGAAGCUAGCAUGAUGUUAACAUGAGUAGCAUGAAGCUAGCAUGAAGCUAACAUGAUUAGCAUGAAGUUAGCAUGAAGCUAGCAUUAAGCUAGCAUGAUUAGCAUGAAGCUAGCAUGAUUAGCAUGAAGCUAGCAUGAUUAGCAUGAUGUUAGCAUGAUUAGCAUGAUUAGCAUGAUGUUAGCAUGAUUAGCAUGAAGUUAGCAUGAAGCUAGCAUGAUGUUAACAUGAUUAGCAUGAAGCUAGCAUGAAGCUAACAUGAUUAGCAUAAAGUUAGCAUGAUUAGCAUGAAGCUAGCAUGAUGUUAACAUGAUGUUAGCAUGAUUAGCAUGAAGUUAGCAUGAAGCUAGCAUGAGGCUAGCAUGAUUAGCAUGAAGCUAGCAUGAAGCUAACAUGAUUAGCAUGAAGUUAGCAUGAUGUUAGCAUGAUUAUCAGGAAGUUGGCAUGAUGUUAGCAUGAUUAGCAUGAAGUUAGCAUGAAGCUAGCAUGAUGUUAACAUGAUUAGCAUGAAGCUAGCAUGAAGCUAACAUGAUUACCAUGAAGUUAGCAUGAAGCUAGCAUUAAGCUAGCAUGAUUAGCAUGAAGCUAGCAUGAAGCUAGCAUGAUUAGCAUGAAGCUAGCAUGAUUAGCAUGAUGUUAGCAUGAUUAGCAUGAUGUUAGCAUGAUUAGCAUGAAGUUAGCAUGAAGCUAGCAUGAAGCUAGCAUGAUUAGCAUGAAGCUAGCAUGAAGCUAACAUGAUUAGCAUGAAGUUAGCAUGAUUAGCAUGAAGCUAGCAUGAUGUUAGCAUGAUGUUAGCAUGAUUAACAUGAUGUUAGCAUGAAGCUAGCAUGAAGCUAGCAUGAUUAGCAUGAAGCUAGCAUGAAGCUAACAUGAUUAGCAUGAGGCUAGCAUGAUUAGCAUCAAGCUAGCAUGAUAUUAACAUGAUUAGCAUGAAGUUAGCAUGAUGUUAGAAUGAUUAGCAUAAAGAUAGCAUGAUGUUAGCAUGAUUAGCAUGAAGCUAGCAUGAUGUUAGCAUGAUUAGCAAGAAGUUAACAUGAAGUUAGCAUGAAGCUAGCAUGAUUUAACGUGAAGUUAGCAAGAUUUAUUAUGAAAUUAGCAUUAAGCUAGCAUGAAACUAGCAUGAAGCUAGUAUGACUUAGCAUUAAGCUAGCAUGAAGCUAACAUGACCCAAAGACCCAACCCCCAUGUCUCUAUGAUGUUCGGAUCCAGAGAUAUAAGGCUUUGUUUAUUAUGUUGC